CCCACUCCAAUUAAACCGAGGUCCAGAGUCCAACUCCACACCUUUCCCCACCCACCAAAUCGGUUCAUCGUCCACUACCGACGCAGAGAUAGCCGGAAAGCAUACUGAUCAUGACGAAGAAAGCAGUACUAAUCGGAUGCAACUAUCCGGGGACAAAGGCGGAGCUCAAGGGCUGCGUGAACGAUGUCCUGCGAAUGCAUCGCUGCCUUCUCGAUCGCUUCGGCUUCGACGAAAGUGACAUUGAAGUCCUCAUCGACACUGACGAAUCCUUCACCCAGCCCACAGGCGCCAACAUUCGUGCCGCCAUCGCAGACCUCAUUCGCUCCGCCAGGCCCGGCGACUACCUGUUCGUCCAUUACAGCGGCCAUGGCACCCGCGUCCCGGCGGAGACCAGCGAGCACGACGACACAGGUUAUGAUGAGUGUAUUGUCCCUUGCGACAUGAACCUUAUCACAGACGAUGAUUUCAGGGAGCUUGUGGAUGAUCUCCCCGGUGGCUGUCGACUGACUAUAGUCUCUGACUCAUGUCACAGUGGCGGCCUGAUCGAGAACACCAAGGAACAAAUAGGCGAGAGCACCAGACCCAAUGAAGAAGAAGAAACCAGCUCCAAUUUCAGCUUCUCAUCUUUCUUAAAGCACACCAUGCACAGUGCUCUCGAAUCACGUGGCAUCGACAUUCCUUUCGAAGGCCAUAGCCACCAUCAAGGGCACUAUCAUUCCGACGAGGAAGAAGCCAUUCAAACCGAGUUUACCGGUCGCGGCCACUCUAUCAAGAGCCGUUCCCUACCACUCUCCACUCUCAUCGAAAUCCUGAAGGAGAAGACAGGUAAGGAAGAUAUUGAUGUUGGAAACAUAAGACCGACCCUCUUUGACAUGUUUGGCGAGGAUGCAAGCCCAAAGGUGAAGAAAUUCAUGAAUUUCCUCCUGCAAAAGUUUGAUCUUCAUGGGGGCGACGAGGGGGGAUUCGUGGGCAUGGUAGGGGCUCUUGCAGUAGGCUUUCUCAAGCAGAAGUUGGCGGAGAAUGAUGAGAGCUACGUCAAGCCGGCAUUGGAAACCGGAGUUGAUAGCAAAGAGGAAGUUUAUGCAGGAACGAAGAAGAGGGAGCUGCCUCAGAAUGGGAUACUGAUCAGUGGGUGUCAAUCUGAUCAGACCUCUGCUGAUGCCAAUCCUACUGGGAACCCAGAAGGAGCUUAUGGGGCUCUCAGCAAUGCAAUUCAGACCAUACUGGCAGAGUCCGACGGCGAUGUCGGUAACCGGAAGCUUGUCUUGACAGCACGGGAGGUACUGGCAAAGCAGGGAUUCAAGCAGAGACCUGGACUUUACUGUGUUGAUGAUUUUGCUGAUGAACCCUUUGUCUGCUGAGAUAGAGUUUGGAGAAGCUUUACUUCUGACUACAACGAGUUUGGCUGUGUGACUUGUUUUUUGUGUGGAGUUUGUGCUUGAUGUUUGAGGAAAGUAUUUGUGAAUCUCUCUCUAUGAAACGGCUGUUUUAUGAAUCAAAAUGUUAAGAAUUUUUUAUAGUGAUGGUUAUAAUUUAAUUAGUAAACUGCAAUAAUUUUGUUGUGGUGUAGGAAGUGAACCACUUAAGUACAUUAUUGUUUGAAGGUUUCUUUGUGGU